AUGGCUGGAGACGAGCAUGAGGGGGCCUCGAAGAAGGAGCAGCUCAUCGAAGCUUGCCGCCGGAACAAUACCGAUCUUUUAUCAGAAAUCAUAGAAGAUUGCUCGAGCGAGGAAGAAAUUACGCGGCUUCUCAACGAUACGACGACCGUCUUGGGAAACCAUCUCUACCAUGAGGCAGCUCUACAAGGGAACUACGAAGUAAUCGACAUGCUCCUGGACCAGCCCGACUUCGAAUGCGAUCCCAUAAACCGUCGCGAAGGCGAUACUCCCCUACACUCCGCCAUCCGAUGGAUUAACUCCGAGCCGCUCGCCCAGCGACCAUUCGGCAACUCCCUCGUCGAUAUGAUGCUUGAGGCUGGCUCCAAUCCCCGCAUCAAGAACAAGGGCGGCCUCACCCCCUACCAACUAGUUGACCCUACAAAUACCGGCCUUAAGGAGUUGAUACAGAAGCACGAAUAUGCGGCCCUUAACCGUGGGGAUUUCAUCCAGGCAGACGUCGGAGGCGAUACUGCGGCGUCCACGAAGCCGAUUGUUCACCAUGACUAUCACGCAAACGGCGAGAGUGACGAGGAUGCUGAAUUCAGUGGUAGCGACGAAGAAGAAAGAGCGGAGUGGGAGAGGAGAAAACGGGAAAAGAAAGCGAGGAAAGGCUGA